GGCGCCCGGCCGCGGCGGGGCCUGACAGGAGCUGCGGCGCCGCCAUCAUGGUGCUGGACCUGGACCUGUUCCGCGCCGACAAGGGCGGCGACCCCGCCAUGGUGCGGGACAUGCAGCGCAAGCGCUUCAAGGACCCGGCGCUGGUGGACGCCCUGGUGCGGGCCGACGGCGCCUGGCGGAGGUGCAGGUUCAGAGCUGAUAACCUGAACAAGCUGAAGAACCUCUGCAGCAAAACCAUUGGGGACAAGAUGAAGAGGAAGGAGCCCGUGGGGACGGACGAGUCGGUGCCGGAGAGCGCGCAGAACCUCGACGAGCUCACGGCUGAUGUCCUGGGGGCGCUGCAGGUGUCACAGAUCAAGCAGGUCAGGCUGCUGAUCGAUGAGGCCAUCCUGCAGUGCGACGCCGAGCGCCUGCGGCUGGAGGCUGAGCGCUUCGAGAGCCUGCGGGAGAUCGGCAACCUGCUGCACCCCUCGGUGCCCAUCAGCAACGACGAGGAUGUGGACAACAAGGUGGAGAGGGAGUGGGGAGACUGCAGCUGCAGGAAGAAGUAUUCCCACGUGGACCUGGUGGUGAUGGUGGAUGGCUACGAGGGGGAGAAGGGCGCCGUGGUGGCUGGCAGCAGGGGCUACUUCCUCAAGGGCCCCCUGGUGUUCCUGGAGCAGGCCCUGAUCCAGUAUGCCCUGCAGAGCCUGCGUGCCAGGGGCUACACCCCGGUGUACCCCCCCUUCUUCAUGCGCAAGGAGGUGAUGCAGGAGGUGGCCCAGCUCAGCCAGUUCGACGAGGAGCUCUACAAGGUGAUCGGCAAAGGCAGCGAGAGGGCGGAGGACAGCUCCAUCGACGAGAAGUACCUGAUUGCCACCUCGGAGCAGCCAAUCGCCGCCCUGCACCGCGACGAGUGGCUGCGGCCCGAGGACCUGCCCCUCAAGUACGCGGGGCUCUCCACCUGCUUCCGCCAGGAGGUGGGCUCCCACGGCCGCGACACCCGCGGCAUCUUCCGCGUCCACCAGUUCGAGAAGAUUGAGCAGUUUGUCUAUGCCUCACCCCACGACAACAAGUCCUGGGAGGUGUUUGAGGAGAUGAUGGCCACGGCCGAGGACUUCUACCAGUCCCUGGGCAUCCCCUACCACGUCGUCAACAUCGUCUCAGGCUCCCUGAACCACGCUGCCAGUAAGAAGCUGGACCUGGAGGCCUGGUUCCCCGGCUCCGGCGCCUUCCGCGAGCUGGUCUCCUGCUCCAACUGCACCGACUACCAGGCGCGGCGCCUGCGCAUCCGCUACGGCCAGACCAAGAAGAUGAUGGACAAGGUGGAGUUUGUGCACAUGCUGAAUGCCACCAUGUGUGCCACCACCCGCACCAUCUGUGCCAUCCUGGAGAACCACCAGACCGAGGAGGGCAUCCGUGUCCCUGAGAAGCUCCAGGCCUUCAUGCCCCCAGACCUGCGGGAGCUGAUCCCCUUCGUCCGGCCGGCGCCCAUCGAGCAGGAGCUCUGCAAGAAGCAGAAGAAGCAGCAGGAGGGGGGCAGGAGGAAGGCCGGGGGGGGAGGCCAGAAGGUGCUGGAGGAGCAGAUGCAGAACAUGGAGGUCAACAGCGCCUGAGGCCUGCCCCACCCCACCCCCCCC